GUUUAUCAACAAGUGCCGCAUACACCUGAUUCUGCUCUCAACGAGCACGUUCCUUUCAUCUUUCUCUUUUUCUCUCUCUCUUUUUCUCUCAUUCUCUCUCUCUCUCUUUUUAUUUCAAUCCAUAUAUUACAAUUUUCAUCAUUUUCUCUCACACUUUAUAUCUCUCCACCCCCUCCCCUCCCUCUCUCUCUCUCUCUCUCUCUGUCUCUCUCUCGUUUCAUUUCGAUAUACGUGUAAUAUCACAUCGAAUUUUCGUGAGUGUGACGUCACUCUUUAUCAUCAUCAUCGAAAACACAAAGGCGAUCUUGGUGAGAAGAAAAAAAAAGAAGAAAAUAAAAGAAAAGAGAGAGAAAUAGAGAAAAAGAGAGAGAGAGAGAGAGAGGGAGAGAGAGAAAGAGAGAGAAAAAGAGAAAGAACAGAAGAGAUGAAAAGUGCAUUGGAAAAGUGCGACAAGGAGAACCAGCGACCGAUGGAAGUGGUUGCACUCGAGGAGAAUGCGGAGGACAUCGAAGAGGAAGAGUAAAAAUCAAAAGCAACACAGAAACAACCUAUUCGUGUAUCGUGCUGCGAUGUCGCCGAGUAAUAGAUGCGUGGACGAUGCUAUAAACGACGUUAUCCUGGAGAAGCUACGAAGUUUCGCGCCAAAACCACAAGAAGGUGGGGAAACAUUCAGAAGUAUUAUAGCUAAGAUACACGCACGAGUCACGUCUUCAGACCGACGAGUUCGCGAACGUACUUUGGAGAAGUUAUGGUGUAAGAAUUCUAGUGCUAUGGAGAUUUUUAUUACCAUUCUUGAGAAUUCCAAGGAUUACGUGUUGAAUUGUAGUAUAGCUGGUAUAUUACACGAAUGUAUAUCACCAAAAAUGACAAAGGGCAAAUCGAAAGGAAACAAGAGCAAAAAUGCAACAAGAAACAGUAACCGAAUGGCGGUCAUUCAACUGAUCAAUUUCGGGAUCACGCAAGUCCUAGUUAAACUUUUAAUGAAUUUGCAGCAUAUGGAUAGUAUUUCCUCGGAAGUCCUUGUACAAGAAGUUCUUUGGAUUUUGGGACAGGUUUGCCAAAGGGAUCAGAAAUUUGUAACGAAAUUGAAAAAUUCAAAUUAUGUCAAAAUAUUUCAUACGCUCCUUCAACAACAUUACAACAACGGUAAAACAAUUCUUCCUUUGUUGCUGAUAAUCAAAGUUUUUGCUAAAAAUUCAUUUUCUCAACAAGUUCUUAUCAAAGAUGGGAUUGCCAAUACAUUAGAAAAGACCUUCGUUUGCAUUGGUCAUGUACCUCAUAUUAAAUUAAAAGCGUUGGUCGAAUGUUUGAAAUAUUUCACAAUGAGCAAAUUAUGCUGCACAAAAUUUGUAAAGGCCGGAAUGGUUCAACAACUGAUGCGAACUUUCGAGAGAUGGGAGAGAUUCGACGGGCAAUUGAGACUGAAGAUAUCCAACUACGUUCUGAACACGCUACAGCAUCUUUGCGUAAUAAAGUCUGGAAGGAAGGCUAUUAAGUCUAACAAUGGUCUACAGCUACUGUACCGGUUUUGUACAAACUGCCCGGAGGAAAAAGCCUACGAUUGUUUAUUGUCACGUAUAUGUGGUAUAAUCAAUCAAUGUCUGGAAAAGAAGGAGUUGCCUGUACCCGAAAUGUCUCCUGCAAGAUUUGUCUUGCCGGAAGCAAAUGCCAGGGCUAACAGCAUUGAAAGUGGCAGCGACCUUGACAGUCAAGCUAACAGCGUGGCCUCGCUUGGAAGAUUAUACAGUGAUUUCGAUUCAGGAGAUGACGAAGAUAGUCAUAGUUCGAGGAGAACAAGUGAUAAGAAUUUGUAUCCCAGCGAGGAAAUAGACGAGAGUAAAUUUUUUGCCGGAGUUUUCACGUCUCAAAGAAACGAAGAGGAUUUGAUUGGGUAUAAUGUUUUCUUUAAAGAGCUAGGCAAUCUUCAGUUACAACUCAGUCUUGCUAAAUCGUCAUCAGAAAAGUUUAUAGAUUCGACGAAUUCAACGUUCGACGACGAUAAAACGUUCUCACGUUAUACAAAAAUAUCCAAAUCGAAAAGUUUCCCAAAAGAUACCCAUACCAAUGGAUCAUUAAGACAUCAAAUUAAAUCGGAUAAUACAAAAUCUGAUUUGAAAACAUUGAAAGAUAUUUCAUCGACUACCACUGAUAGGCAUGCUUAUUGUUUGAUAGCGAGCAAAGUGAAAAGUGUUAUCAGUUUUGUCAAAGUUGCUUAUCCCGAUCUGGUUGGUGGUGAUUCAUUAGGAAAACCAGAACCAUUGAACAGCAAGGAUAGAAAAGUUUGUCGUGCUAAAUUGUUAACCUGCGUGGAAAGGGGACUACAUGCUGGUACAACAAUUCAAGAGAUUGUUUAUGAUCUCGACAAUGUAACGACGUCUUCGUCGUCGAAUGAUAGAAUUACGGAAAACAAGUUACUUUGUAAUUGGGACGAAAAGAGAAUAGGAAAAAGGAACUUGGAAACUAAGCAUUUGCAAUUUGAGUCUCGUUUUGAAAGUGGAAAUCUUAGGAAAGCUAUUAAGAUAGGCUUGAGAGAAUACGAUUUGAUCUUAACGCCAGACGUUAACAGUGCCUCUAGACAUCAAUGGUUUUACUUCGAGGUUUCAAAUAUGGAAGCAAACGUUUCUUACACGUUUAAUAUCGUCAAUUGUGAGAAGGCAAAUUCUCAAUUUAAUUUUGGCAUGAAGCCUAUAUUAUUUAGCGUAACCGAGGCACAAUUGGGUCGACCAUAUUGGGUCAGAACUGGAACAGAUAUUUGUUAUUAUAGAAAUUGUUAUCAGAGACCAACAAAAGGGAAGAACUAUUUAACGACAUCGUUCACUGUCACUUUUACCCAUGCUUAUGACGUUUGUUAUCUGGCUUAUCAUUUCCCUUAUACUUAUAGCCAAUUGAUGACAAAUAUUUGGAAAUGGACCAAAAAGCUUUCAUCCUCUAACAUUUAUUUUCGUGCCGAGUCACUUUGCGAGUCAUUAAAUAACAAUGAAAAUCCAGUAUUGACUAUAACAUCGCCAGACUCGAAGAGCAAUCCUACACAAAAUAGAAAAGUUAUCUUCCUGACGUCCAGAGUCCAUCCAGGUGAGAGCAACGCUUCCUGGGUAAUGCAUGGAACAUUGGAGAGCCUUAUAAGCAAUUCAACUUAUGCUACUAGUUUACGUGACGAUUAUGUCUUCAAAAUAGUACCGAUGUUGAACUUAGAAGGUGUGGUCAAUGGCUGCAAUCGAUAUGGACUAACGAACGAAGACUUGAACAGACGGUGGAGCAAUCCGGAUCAAUCGUUACAUCCAGUGAUCUAUCACACGAAGGGCUUGAUGGAGUACUGCACAAGGGUCCUACAAAGACCUCCUCAUGUCUUCGUAGACUAUCACGGCCAUUCACGGAGGAAGAACGUGUUUCUCUUCGGUUGUUCAAGGUCGAGUUCUUGGAGCGCCGCGGACAGGGCGAAACCGGACCAGCCGGUGCAGUAUUUGAUCUUACCGCAUCUAAUGCAAAGCGUUUCACCGGCAUUUGCUUUGCCGUUGUGUUCCUUCAAGGUAGAAAGAAAUAAGGAAUCCACCGCCAGGGUUGCCAUAUGGCGGCAGUUGGGUGUUUCGAAAAGUUACACGAUGGAGAGUAGCUUCUGCGGAUGUGAUCAAGGUGUCCUCGCUGGAUUACAUCUUGAUACAAAUCAUUUGAAAGCUAUUGGACAAGACUUUUGUCAGGCAUUAGCUAUGAUGAAAGAUGCUGACGAAGAUUGGAAUGUUGACAAAUACAUCGAAGAGUCCUGCUGUCAACGAAAAUGUAUCCAACGAAAAAUGAGAAGAAAGCCUAAAUGCAUUCAGGACAAACUUGCCAUACAUCAUAUCAGUGGGAUUCCUUAGCGAAGGGAAAUAAUUCCAAUGGGAGAAACGAUACCUGAAGAAUCAGGAUGCAUGGAGGACGAUGUAUCCUCCAGUUGUGAUUCGGACGAGUCUGAUUUGGAGACCUAAAGAUUCUCUUUCCAUCUCUGUUUGGAAGAUUUGCGAAUCGAACAUUUACUUGUCAGAAGAUAAAUUUAUUAACCGUUGAUGUUUGGAAUAUACGCUGAUUCUGGUUCCGAAUCCGGGCACACACGAAAUUAUUAUUUUUGUGAAAAAGAUUUAUUGAAAAAUCGUAACAAAUGGUUAAAAUCGUUUACAACUUAUUUACUAUCUACAUUCUAGGCGAGAUAAGUUUGUUAUAUUGAGUAUCAACAAAAUCACAAGAAAAAAGAUAAUGAUGAGAAAUAAAUAGAAAGGAUUGGUUUGAUUUAUCCUUUACAUUAUUUAAAUUAAAAAAAAAAAAAAAAAAAAAACAAAUGAGAACAUCUUACGUUACGAUGUUAUUGAUGAAUUUACAAUAAUUUUUUCCUUUUUUCUUUUUGUAUUUUUCUUUUUUUUUUUUUUUUUUUUUUUUUUUUCCUGAAGAAAGUCGAACUCAAAUAUCUCGGAACCAGAAUUUAAAAAUGGAAUAUUCUUCGUGUUACACUAACAUUAUCCUCUUUUUUACGAUUUUUCUAUGUCAUUUAAAAAAAUGUGAUUCAUUAAAAUCUUAUUUGACAAAUCACAGCCAAUUAAUAUAUUGAAUCAAACACGAAGAACAAUCCAAUUAUAUUAAGUCUACGAGAGUUAAUCGAAAGCGAAAGUACAUAAUGAUUGUUCGAAUGAACAAAUUAUUUGACAAUAUCUUUGGUAGGAAUUUUCAAAUAUAAUGGAUAACGUACAUGCGAUUAGCUAAAACAUCUAAUCUACUUUGAGUACUAGAAUAACAUGAAGAUGAUCGCUCGCACUCUCGCAUUCUCUCGCUGUACCUCGCUAUCAGAUACUUACAUGUGAUAAAUUUAAUAGAAGAAAAAAAAAAAUAAUAAUAAUAAUAAAAUAAUAAAAUGAAAUAAAAGUGAAAAAUAAAGGAAAA